ACCUCUUCAACAUCUCACCAUCUCCACUCGCUCUUCUUGCAUCAACCAACUAGUCGGCGUCACUCGCGCAUCACAGCAUCUUGGCAGGCAGGGCCGCCACUCCUCGCCAUCACCCGCACCUGUCUUGACCAGCACUAAUAUCAUCACCGACGUGGCCGGACCCGUCACCCCGCUCCCAUAUUCCCAUCAUGAUCUCACUCCUCCACCUUCUCUCCUACCUCGGGAGCAUCACCGCUUUCCUCUUCGUCACGCUCUCACUAGCAAGCGGACUCCUCUGGAUCGCCGAGCUCAUCGAGGAGCACUCUCGUUAUGCGCGCAUCGUCGGCGUCCGCUCCAUUUACGUCAUUAUUGUGCUGCACGCGCUGCUGUACAUUGUCGACGGGUUGCCAUUUCUCCACAUCGUCUUCUCGAUCUUCUGUCACGUCGUGUACCUGCAGCACUUCUCGUCUGGGUCAUGGCCCUUCAUCUCCCUCACCUCGCCGGUAUUCAUACUCAGCUGUGUGCUGGUUGUCGCGGACCACUUUCUCUGGUUCUUCCACUUUGCCGGCGUCGCACAGGAGGCCAAGCGCGCCCGCGCGGCACGCUACCGCUACUCGCAGCAGGUGGUGCGCGACGCCCCAUCCUUUAUGGACGUGGCCGCCUUCUUCGCGACUUGCGUCUGGUUCAUUCCCCUCUUCCUUUUCCUCAGCCUGAGCGCGAACGACAAUGUCAUUCCGUCAUUUGACACGUCCGCACCACCCUCGCCGAUGGGGAGUACUGUCGACCUUACGCAGAUGAACCAGCCCGCGUCGCCACGCCGAAGGCUCAUGGGCGCGUCACUCGUCAAGACUGUCCUCGCGCCCAUUGUCAGUCUGAUUCCACGCGGGAGACGGAGCAACCACGGCAUCAUCGCCCCCCCAUCACCUCGCGUCAUGUCCCCUGCUCCCGGUCCCCAGGGUUACUCGCCAUGGGGCGGCGACUCGCCAACUUCGACGCCGCCAUCACGACCACCGAUGACCCAUGAGCAUAGCUUCGGCGCUGCUUCUGGGAGGCUCACGCCGCCGCCAGCGUCAAGGCCACCCAAGUCGCGCUCAGCGAGUGCGCUUAACUUGAGAGAGGAGAACGGGUUGACGUCGCCCACGCGAAGCAGGUCGACCCUACCCGCUGUCGACAUGGGGACGCGGAAUAAGGCGGACUGA